GGGCUACCUAGAUGCUAGGCCUCUCGAUUCACAAGAGGGUCAGACGCGGGCGCUGCUCUUCUGCGCGGCACUUUGGCACCCGUGGCGCAUACGUUUCCGUGUUUCCGCAGCGCGCGGCGCAACGAAACUGUGCAACUGCGGCUCCCUCCAGGGUUUACCCUAGUCUCUACAGCUCCUGCAGUCUCUACAGCUCCUGCACAGCAUAAGCAUGGCGGAGAUCCUGGAUAGCGACGACGAUUCCGUCUGCGACCUGACCGAGCCCGAGGUCAUCGACCUGUCAGCAGACGACAAUGAUCUCGCGGCCCAACUCAACGCCCAGCUCGACGAGUACAUCGUGAUCGACAGCGACAGCGACGACGACGACGUCCAGUUCGUGUCGCAGUCCCCGCCGAAGCGGCGCAAGGUCGACGAGGAGGAGGUUACGUUCGUGAAAUCGACGCCGGCGCGGCCGGUGGUCGACGUCGACGCCGACGAGGCCCUCGCGCGCAAGCUCCACGAGCAAAUUAAUGCAGACGUCGAGGUCGUCGCGCGGCCGACGCCAAAGCCGAGCGCCAAGAAGCCGUCGAGCAAGAAGCGGCCCAAGAACGAAGGGCCCUUCAGCGGCCGCGACGUGCUCAAGAAGCAGCGGACAGGACUGUUUGACUUCUUGAGCAAGAAGGCGAAGUCGCUGCGCAUCGUGGACGUCGUGCCGAACCCGCACAGCGAGCCCGGAAAACCCCUUUAUGAGCGAUUUUUAUCGGCCUACACGUUCGCGACGACGAAGAAGGUCAAGCUGUUAUUCCACGGAUCGCCGCCGCAAAACAUCCCGAACAUUUUGGCCAACGGUCUGGACCCCAACCGCCGCGGCGCGUCGUCGGGGCAGCGGCUCGGCAGCGGCGAGUAUUUCGGGACCCACGCCGAGGUGUCCACGGAGUACUGCGGCGGCGGGCGGCAAAUGAUCGUGUUCGCGGUCUUGACGGAUCCGCGGUCGACGCGCGAGGGGGGCAAGAUCGUCGUGUCGAGCGACGUGUCGCACCAGCUCCCGCUCUGCACCGUGCACAUUGCGAACCGGACGCCGCCCCGGCCGACGGAGCGCGCGCUCAAGGUGACGAACGCGGCGGAGCGAGCACUUAUCCGCAAGGAGCGCAAGCGCGGCUGGCCCUUCGGGUGAGGCUACUAUUGUGUGAAAGAAGUAAC